CGCCGUUGCUGUUUUACCGGGUGCGCGAAGCCGGCAAGUUGGAAACUCGUGUUGUUAAUCCAAAAUAGUGGAAAAUGCGUGCAAGUUGACAUAUUUCAUAUUUGCCUGUUGUGUUACGCAAGCGUAAAACCCAGCAUGGUUAUGAGAGUUCCAGCCUUUCCACGGCCUGCGCGGCCCCCGCGCCCAAUGUUCCGAGGAGUGAUGCCUCCACCGCCACCACCACCGCCCCCUGGUGGACCCUAUGGCCACUUCCCGCCAGGGCCGCCAUGCUUUGCUCCUGGGGGUAGGCCACCCAUGCCCCCUGGGGGACCAGGUGCCUUUCGCGGUGCGGACCACAUGAGGCCCAUGAGGCCCCCCCUGCGGGUGUUUGGGCCCCCUCCCCCUCCUCCGCCGCCACACUUCAUGCGAGGUCCCGGUGCCAUGCGCUCUCGCCCACUCUUCCGGCCGCCCAAGUUCAGCCCAUACCCCGUUGGGGUCAAAGUCAAGAAGGAGCCUCUCGAUGCUAGUGAUGCCAUUGCUGCCAACAGCACGGUGAACAACACCCAGAAGACCGGCUCUGAUGGCACGAAUUCAAUGCCAGUGAGUGACGGCACAUCCCAGACCACUGCAACAGCGAAUGGCACCACCACGAGCUCAUCUGCUGCAACCUCCAUCAAGGUUGAAGCAACUGCAGCCCCAACCACAAAUGCAAACAGUGGCAGCGGUGCGAGAAAUGGCCUGGCUGCAGCGAUUGAGGCGGCCAAGCGGGACGGCAUUCCAGUGGAGAUGAUCCAGGCGCUGUACUGCAAGCUGUGCGAUGCCAAGCUCAACGGUAGCCUUCAGGCGACGGCCCACUACGUUGGCAAAAGCCACGCCAAGCGAGUCAAGCAGUACCAGCAGGGCCAGGGCCGCGUGGGGCAGCAGCGGCUUAAUGCCGCCACAGCAGCUGGCGGAGAUGCCAGCAAGGGAGCAGCAACGGAAGGAGGCAAGCGGCCGGUGCCAGAUACCUUGGAGAAGUUCUGCAAGCUCUGUGAUGUGGCGUUUACCUCGGAGAUCCAGGCAAAACAGCACUAUGACGGACGCAACCAUCAGAGGCGAAUGCGGGGAGAGCCGCCUCUUCCCAAGGGCUUCUAUAACCCAGCCACCGGACGUUGGCAGAGGCAACCGCCUCCAGGAAUGGCCAUCAAGCCCCCAACACCAAAAAAGCCGCCAACCACUGGGAACCAGUUCUACUGUGAGCCAUGCCGCUCUUCGCUGACCUCUGAGCAGCAGCUGCAGUCACACCUGCAGGGGGCCAAGCACAAGGCACGCGUGGGCGGCCUGUCCACUGCAGUCACAGCGCAGGUGGUGACGGCGAACGCUGCGGCAGCCAUGGCUGUGGCUACGGCUACAGGCACCACGUCCAGUGCUGGAGGCCGGCCCUCCCAGCUACCACAGCCAUACGUGGCCUUUGUGCCUGGGCCCACCAUGACCUGUGGAACUGAAUUUUGCUAUGUUCAACCUUGCAAGGCACAAGGAAAACGCUUCAUGGUACCUGUUAAAUCUGUGGCCGAUGGGUCCAUCGGCAAUCUGGGUGACUGCAGGUUCCCAGCGUUGUCACCUCAAAACUCAACCAACAGCGUCCCUCUUGGAAGUUGGUACAUCUGUCCAUACUGUUCUAAUUACUUCAGUCCCAUUACUACUAGCCAGCUUGGUUGUGUCGUGUGUCUACAGCAGCAGCAUCCGUGCUCAUUGACCCUCUCACAUUUGGACACACAUUGGCGGUGAAUGCCACCUGUUGGUUCUUCAGUGGCAACCACUGCUGACAGUCCCACGGCCCUCAAAGCAGUGUGGUAGUCAUGUGUAAAGAAAGCAUGGGUAAUAAUCAUUGAAACUCACACCCAUGAGCAUGUUUGUGGCUUCCACUUUUUGUUUUAAGAAAUUUAUUCUGUUGUGAUCUCUUUGUUGUCUCUCACUUCAAGCAAAGAGAGACUGCGCCAUGUUUUUUGUUAAGGUGUCUAUGAGCAGCCCUCACUGAGGUAAAAGCAUUCAGCAUGAGCAUCAGUUGUGGAAGAGGCUUUUAGAGUUGGGGUGAGGGGGUAUGUUUACUGCGAGUUGUUUUUGCUGUUUCUGCUGGCUGGUUCGAAGCAGUUGCGUGUCAGCACCUUGCUUGCUGGAGAUGAGUGCUUCAUGUUUUGCCCAAAGAUAAUUGCCUGCCUGGGAUAGCGACUUUAUAUUGAUCGCAAAUGUGGUUUUUGUUCUGGCAUUAAUCGUGGCGUUUUGUGGUUUUUGAGCAAUUGAAGUUGGUUGACAUUUUGCUAUAUUUUCAUCAUUGGGAUUGGUUGUUGAGGACACUUUGUAAGAGUAUCUUUCAGUAUCCAUCUUUUUUUUUUUUUUUUCAAGCAUUCUUUCAACCAUUCAAUCUAAUAUACCAAAAACUUGCUUUUAUCAUCUAUACAUGGACCAUCACAUCUAGCCGGUUGUGUAUGUGGGCAUUCUUUCUAAGUGCAGCAUCAUUCUAUGGAUUUGCUUGGUGGGAGCAGCGUUAUUGAUUUGCCAGAAUAAAGAGGUGAUUAAUGAUCACACUGCAUUCUAGUUGUUGUAUAAGCGUCAUAUCUUUGUCUCUCUGUACUCUACUCUUCGGGGAGCUUAUUUUUUUAUGAGUGAAUGAGAUUGUGUGGAUGUCUUAUCUCUGAGUGAACCAUAAGAUUAAAUGCUUUCUUUUGUUUAUUCCUGAUGUUUAUAAUUUUUUAUGCUGGCAUUACAUCGGGGAAUGUUAUUGUGUGUCGGGGGCGUAUGUGCAGGUUUUGUUGCUUUGAACGCAGAUUUAACUGUGUUGGACUAGAGUGGCUUGUUUUGUAGAAAGCUCAGCUUGCUGUUUUUAUGGGUUAAUUUCAGUCUGAUAAGCAUGCGAAUGCAUGGUGUAGUCUGCUGCAUAGCGUGCUGGGUUGAAUUGCAGCAGCAGUAUAUGUAUACAUACAAUGUUCACUUAGCUGCUGAUCUGAUGUAGAGCUGUCUGUCUAGUUCCUGGCCCAUUAUCUUCACUGCAGCGGCAUCUUCUGGUCAUAUUUUAGCAUGGCACCACGGUGUUAGAUGUGUUGCGGUGCAACAUGUUUUAAGGCAUUAUUGCUAUUAUUAUUUUUAACCUUUUCAAAUCGUGAAGUGCAAAUUUGUGGUGUUCCAUCGUGUAUACUCUUUCCCCGUUUGAAAGGCAUGGAUUGCCAGAGCUUUUAUGGAAAAUUUUUUUCCUCGGUGUUUGGAUUGGGUUUUGCUGUUCUGUGAUAAGUGUAGUGAUGAGCUUGUACACAGCAAACGGGGCUUCUUAGCUCUUCAAUGUCUGCAUCUGCAGACUACCUGUACGAACACUUUUUUUAUUUGCGUGGGCUCUGGGAGACUUGUUGUGUUAGCCGUCUUGUGUGGCACGCUGAAUUAGGCUGGCAGGAAAUAAACAGUAAGCUGCCAUAUUCCUAAAAUAUAGGAACCUCUCCCCUUUUAGCAUACUUGCUUUGCAGUCAAAUCGCAGUGCUGUUGAAAAGUAUUGUCCAAAGAAUGCACAAAAAAUUGCAUAUACGUGUCAUCAUUGAGAAUUGCUGCCUGCAUCUUUACAAUGCAUGCUGAAUGGCACCGAAACUGAGGGAUCACGUGAACUUGUCAAGUGGAAGCCACAGUACCGGGUGUUUCGGGGAAGGCUUUCAGUGGUUACUGAACACUGUGGAGCAGAGCUUAACUUUGUUGGCUACAAUUCAUUUGUGGUUAUGAGCGUCGGGGUUUACGCAGCAAUCAAUGAUCGGUCAGUUAAAUAAUAAUAAAGGUUAUUGAGUCAACUCUAGUGGUCAAGUGUACAUGAAUGUUGUUAUUGCAAAAUUAAUGCCAGUCAGAUUGCAAAGCAUACCCGUUUGUGAGAAGCCUUGUGACUAGCACCAGAUUUAAGAAAUACAGUAAAACCCUAUCAACUCUGAGCUGUAAAAACAGGCAAAAAUUUUGAGUAAGUGGGUUUCAAGAUAAGCAACAUCACAAAAAUCACAUGACGACAACUGUGUUCAUGGCUGACAUGUUUGCAGCAUCGCACACGCAGUUAAUGCCUGAAGCACCACGCGGCGUCCGAAAUUAGUUAUUGCUGUUAUCCCUUGGUGCUAGGGGCUGGUGGCAGUGCUGCAGGAAUUGUGCAGGUUGUAAAAUAAGGCAUUUGAAAAAUCAAGCAGUGACUGUAUUUGACAUUUGGUACCAGAAUAUAUAUUAUGAUACACGUGCAAACAAAAAUUUGCUUCGCUCUUACCAAUACUGUGUUGAAUCCUGCAUUUUCAGUUUCAUUAUAGCAGUAGAAUAUUCCAUUGAAAGAAAGGAUGACCAACCAAAUUUUAUGUUUACUUUGUUAUAUUCGAUAAUUCGUUAUAUCUGUGUUCAUUAUAUUUAAGGUUCGACAUUUCUCGACGGGCCUGUGGUCUCACAUGACAAUUGCCUGCACAAAGCUGCAAGAAUCUACUGCAUGGCAUUAUACAGGGCUAUUGGAAAGUUAGAGAAAAAGGAAUACCUUCAUGAUUCAAGAACUACAGACCAUAGCAAGAUGCAGUGUUUCAGGUGAAUACGCAGGAAAGCAGAAAUUCCUUUCCAUAAAACAUUUUAUAGGCAGAGUAGUUGCCAUUCAGGGUUCGUAGUGGUCCUUGAAACCCUUGAAAAACCUUAAAUGUGAAACUCAUUUUCAAGGCCUUGAAUGCUCUCAAAUUUUAGAGAGAGCUUAAAAAUCCUUGAAUUUUGCCUUUUUCUAGGCUUAUAAGGCUUUAUUUGUGUAUCUGACCGAGGUUUUUGCAAGCCAGGAGUUGAGGGAACCUGAUUUCAUCUUUAUGGUAGGAAGCCAAAUCUUGUUUGUGGUGGCUAGUGAUGGAUAGUUAAUGCGCAAAAGUCUUAGCGAGCACCUUUUCUUUCAUUCCUUGUGCGAUUAAAAAAAAAAAAAGCUUAUUGUUGGAGGCAGGGUUUUGUUCUCAAGGUGUUUGGCAGCACAAUGCUUUUAUCCUUAAUUGCUUUCCAAUGGCCUCAGAAGUAAUUAAAAACCCUUCAAUUUUUUUCCUGCGAAGGCUUCUACAAACCUAGUUAUGUUUGCAACAAUGGGUGACGCUUGGGUUCGGUCGCAAGGGCAACACCGUUUGGUGACAAAUGCAGCUUAUGGCUAUGGACGUUUUUGUUCUGAAAAACAAAAUCUGCAUUUUGCGAUGCAGUUGUGUGAAAACUGCAGCUUGCUAGGGUCUAUACAUAUGGGCAAUACUGUGCUCGAAUUAUUAAUUAAGUUUUUUUUUUGUGCUUCACUGUAAAUAUCUGAGCAAAUGAGCCCCGUUUGCCUUACGAGCUCAAGAGUGAGUAAAGAUGCUUGUUAUGUGAUAUGAACAGGGGUUAUGGUGUGCAUGAAGAGCUUAUAGAGCCGCAGGUGUAUGGGAGCUGGUCUUGCUUGCUGCUGGUCUCAGUCGUUGGAACUGUGUGCCGUUUUUCUGCAGACAUGUAUAAAGAGUUUAAUCAUAGCAUUGUACGCAUAUUGUCCUUAGCAUAUCGUUUUUUGCCUGUGUACUUUACUAUGUGUGUUGCUACCCAUAGGGCGAGGUGGAUCUCUUGAUAUCGGUAACUAUUUGUGAUGCAUUUUUGACAUGUUAACAGUAAAAUAGUGUGUCUGUGUGAGUUGAUAGGUGUGUUCAUAUAAUGCGUGAAAGUGCAUGAGGAUAAGGGCUGUAUAUGUUUUGGUUGUUAUUUGCUGGUACUGUUGAGAGAGUCAUUUUGUACCUGCUGGGUAAGAAGUGUAAAACAAAAGCUGAAGACAAUUUGGUGCUUCUGUACGCUACUUUUGGCUAGUUGCCAUGCUCUUUUACUUGCCUUUGUUGUUCAAUGUUGGCAAAUUUACCAGCCGAAACUGACUUAAUCGUUUUUUUUUUUUUCAAAUUCAUUGUCUCUCAAGAAUCAGGGAAGAACAUAAAACCGUCGUUGCCGCUUUGCCGAGCUCCAAGAGACCUUUUGGUAACGACUUUUAUUUGGAGUUGCAAUUGCUGGAUUCAUUAACACCUUCUCUAGCAGUAAUUAAGCUGGCACUUUUUGCCACUUCAAGCAAGCUGCACUUUCAUAGGGAGAGACUCCUCAGCAGAGGUAGAGAUAGCUUGCACAGUUACAUUGACGGUUAGAGCAGAGUGGGUGGUCUAACGAAGUGAAGUAGUCACAAGAAUUGCAAAUUUGCCCAACUGGGCACGUAAAGAGCAUUGCAGUUAGUCAUCGAGAUGAUGUUACUCUUUGAACCAUAAUGUUGGAACCUAGUCUUGCAUUGUGCUUUCGAUAGACUAAUCUCACGGUGGAGUCGCACUGCGCCACUGCUGCAGUGAAGAAUGCUGGCAGCAAAAGGUAGCGAUCAUGGUUAACCUCUCUGCCUUUCGUUCUCUCCCUCUUGGGUGGUAUUCUCAUUUGUUCACUUUGAGAUGCAAUCAUUUUUCUGAAAUCUGCAAAAUUCAUGUGGACUUGCAUUGGUUAUGUUGACAUUGAAGGGUGACAUCAUGGGACAGUGGCAAGCAAGCUGUCUUAGCACAGUGCUAAGAAUGCUGUCACUCAUAGAAGCAAUGUGCAAAAAAAAUUGGCCACCAUCCCCCCUGCGAACGUGAAUGUCCAGCGAAGCUGUAUCAAACACCACACAUGGUUUAGCAUUGUAUUCACGCUGCUCUUCUGGUGUCUUAAUUUGGGUGGUCUACCCAUGGCAGUCGUAGAAUAAACUGAAUUAGUUGCUACAUGGGUCUCCCUUUUAUAUAUGAAGGCGUGGUGACGUCACUAAGUAUAUAUAUACUUACAUACAGCAUAUAUAUAUAGUAUAUGCUGUAUGCCUUAUUGCAACGAGAGAUAUGCCGUUUGCCUUCAAUUGACCAACGAGAAUUAUACAGCUUCGCUGCAAAAUGAUGGUGUCCUGGAAAGGGAACGAUUGAGAAUACUGCCUUAGAAUUGCACAGCUGGAGCAUGGUUGAGAGGACUCGCUUGCACGAAAAUAAUCCCUUCCCCUCUCUUAUUGAAACAACAAAAUAAAAUUAAAUAGUAUAUUCUUGUGACACAGUGGACCCAACAUUCCUUUAGCCUAAGUACAGCAGAAACGCGGAGAUGACUACUGCUGUCGUAACACAAGCCAAGCAGAUGCGCAUGCCCUCUAAACCUGAUGAGAUCGGUCUAUGACUAGCUAUCUAUUUUUUAUGCCCCCUCUGUAUUUUGAAUAACAAAGAAAGAAAGCAAUGCUUUGAAGAGUACGGUUGUUGCACUGUAGUGAGUCUGCAUAGCUCUUGCAUCCAUCUUUAAAGGGGCCCUGAACCACUUGUUAUCGAAGUUGAGAAAUACAUUUGUAGUGAAAGUACGCUAUUUCAGAAAUACUUCGCCGCAAAAAUUACUUGAAUGCGUUCAGCAGAAGUGAAGUUAUUGGCAAUCAAACACUGCCUCCUCUGUGCUCCCCUUCCUUCCUCAAUGCCUUGCGCUGCGAAGGCUGCGGCGCAGUGGGGCAGGGCCACAACGCUCCGCCUUCGGAAUGUCACCGUGGCGCGCAGUUCAAAUUUAAUUUUGGAUGUUAACGUAGACACCACAACUUCUGAUUUUGGUGCUUACGACGUGCUAAACGUAAGCCAAACGCGGUUGUCCUCGGUGAGUUAACGUAGACGCCACGACUUACGAUUUUGGUGCCUACGAUGCACUAACAUUAGCCAAAUGCGGUUGUCCUCAGUGAGCCGCAGUGCGCUUAGCCAGUGGAGUCGUGGUGGCCCGGCCCCCUGCGGUGUAGCCAACCGCAGCGACCAAUGGCAGCCGCGUAUUUGAACGUGCUUUAUUACGUAAUAAUGCACACAGAAGAGAGUGAGGAUCAUGGCUUCUGUUGAAACAAAUUGAAACGAGAGCGUUUGAGAGAAAGAUGACUUUGAGCUCUGCUUGCGAGCUCCAUGCAGUGCUUACGACAGCUAAACUUGGCUGACAUGUUCACAGCAACGUAUGCUACCCGAGGACUAUGUUAUUUCACCAAGCCCGAGGGGUGGUUCAGGGCCCCUUUAAUGCAGCUGUGAAGUGAAAAAACAUUUACAUAUUAAUGAGUUUGCCUUGAUGCAGGUCGAUGCUCUGUGCAUACGUUGGAAGAGCUGAAAGUACAGUCAACAAAAAUGUUAUAUUCCCAUACAACAUCAUGUAGAUGUACUUUGGCAUGACUUGGAGAGUCAUUGUAAGGCUCUUUUUGGAGCACACAAGGUCCUAAAUGAAAAGCUUGUUCAAUAAGGAAAUUUUAUUAUGGAAAUGUUCGGUAUUUCAUGUAUUGGUGCAGUCUGCUUUCACUGGAUAAGAUGCUAUCAAAAUAGAAAUAAGGAGUUUGCAGAAAUAAGGUAUGUGCAUCACUUGGUGACUAUCCAUCAAAGAAAGCCAGUCCACUUUGUUUAAGAGCGACAUGCUGGCUCCCAUACUUUUUUGUUUUGGUCGACUGCCUUGCUAGUAUGUGCAGACAAUCACGACCGACAAAUUCGCUUCCAUUUUUUUAUACAAUAUGCUGUACUUCUUAAAAGUUGUACUUUUGAAUAUAGGGUGAGUGGGUUGGUAGAAGUAACUGCAGUCUGUCAGAUUUGUAUUUCCCCCGCUGCUACGCAUCUCGUGCGUAGCAGUACCUUAGAUUAAUGUAAGCGAUAUUAUAGAGACAUUGGUAGUUUUGAAAAACAGGCAAAUGGAAUCAAUUAAGGGGCACACAGGCACUAUGAGACUGAAGCUUUUCACGAAAAUCAUCACCGUCAAUCUUGGGAACAUUUUCAAUCGGCACUUUGCCGUUUCAGCCCACCAGAACUCGACAAAACCAUUCACUGUAGGAUGUUGAAUGGGAAUGGACCUUCUGUGGUACGAGUUCUGGUUUUUAGAUUAUGUACAAUUAGUGAGUGCAGGAAAAUGAUAACUUCAUUAGUGUCUUGCCGAGCACUACUUCAAAAUAGUUCAACAUAGUGUUCAGGGACUGUUGACGCUCAUAAGGGCAUGGGGCUAAGCUAGGUUGUGUAAUACCACGAAGUCUUGUUCUGAAUAAAAAAAAAAAAAAAGCCAGUGAAUGAAAUUCAUUCUGCAAGCUUUAAAAAAAAAAAAGGGUCCUGUAAACUGCAUUUCUAGGUUAACAAGUGAAAUUGAGCGCCGUUUGCUCAAGUCCGAGUUCCAAGUUCAGAUCGCGGCAUUAUGUGAGGGUUUUCACGAAGGGUGAUACGUGUUUACUUGUACAAGUAAAACUAGGCCUCAUGUAUUGAAAGUUGAGGCAAGCCACUUUUGACUGUUAUGGAUUGUUUGUGUCAUUGUUGUGUGAGUCAGCCAUUUUGUGAGAUUUGAAGCAUUUGAGGGCUGAGAUGCCAAUGUUAGCCUACUCUAUUUAGCCUAUUUCACACGCUCUGCUUGGGAGGACUUUUGGAUUAGGCAAACAUUUAGAGAAGGUACUGACAUGGACUUGUGGAAUGCUGCUGGUGCUUGUGACAUUGAGAAGAGAGUCUGCACGUUUUCUCUUGGUUAUUACGUGAGAUGAGUCUUGUCUUUGGCUGCUAAGCGUAGUGCAUCAGGGGAUGUUGGACAUGUUGUCAUUGUUACUGAAGGCAGUGCGGUUCUGUAGUGGAAGGUGGGACUUUGUGCUGAUAUUUGGGCUGAUAAAGUAAUGAUUCCUUUAGCUUGAUUCUAUCCCUUAUACACUGCUCACCACUGGUGAGUUCUGCUAAUAAAGUGUGGGUUUCGGUUAUUUGGUAACUUGUGUUAACAGAUUAACAGUGUAAGCGAAAGACGCAGGACAAAGAAACGGUGGCACAUAUCAUGUGUGUGUGCUUUUCUUUUUUUCAUAUUUUGCUUGUGCUGUGAAUCUGUUACUGGUGAUAAUGUAGGCAUAGCACCGCUUGGAAAAUGAGAAGGAUUGAUAUUGGAAUUAUUACAGUAUCCUGGCCUGAACAGUGAUGGAACAUGAUGAUGUGCUUGAUUUGUUAAUAGAAAAGUUGUCAUGGUAUGGCAUUGACACCACUGUAACUAAUUGGAUAAAAAAUUAUCUGCAGCUUAGACGUAUGAGGGUUGUUAUUAACGGAGAGAAAUCGGGUGAGGCUGACGUGACGUCGGGAGUACCACAAGGGUCGGUGCUUGGCCCACUGCUCUUUUUGAUGUAUGUUAAUGACAUUGUUGAGAAUAUUAACUGUACUGCGCGCAUGUUCGCAGAUGACUGCGUAUUGUACAGGGUUAUUAAUAACUUAAAUGAUUGCACAAUAUUGCAAGGUGACAUCGACAGGAUUACACGGUGGUGUUCAACAUGGCAUAUGAACCUUAAUGUAAAAAAAAAAAAACAGUGCACAUGUGUUUCUCUAAAAAGAAAAAGAAACAAUUUCAGUCUAAUUAUAAUAUUAAUGGGACGCAACUGUUGACUGUGUCAGAAUUUAAAUAUUUGGGUGUGUAUUUCACCACUGAUUUAUCUUGGACACGUCACAUUGAUCAUAUUACUGCCAAAGCAUAUCGUGUGCUAGGAUUUAUGAAAAGAAACGAAACAGUUUCCAAUCAAAGCAAAGGCUCUACUCUAUCUUUCUAGUGUCCGAUCAAUACUUGAAUAUGCCAGCACGGUUUGGGAUCCUUGGACACGAACAAACAUAGACAAACUGGAAAGAGUGCAGAGUUGGGCUGUGCGCUUUGUAUUUAAAAAUUACACAAGGAAUUUUAGUGUAACAGAGGCCAAAAAGAAAAUUGGUGGGACAUGCUGCAAAAACGACGUUUAAUUCAUAGAUUAAAACUGUUCCAGGAUAUUUUUCAUCCCAGAACAGGUAUUAAUCGCAUGAACAAAUACAUUUGCCCGACUCUGUGUCUAUGAGAAUUGAUCAUGAACUCAAAGUGAAAGAAACUUCAUGUAAAACUAACGUGUUUAGCAAGUCCUUUUUUCCCAAUACAAUCCGUGAAUGGAAUCGGUUACCACGUGAUGUUGUGAACAUAACUUCAAAUGACAUGUUUGUACAGACGCUUCAUGAUGCAAUAGUAUAGUAAUGAACAUGUUGGGUGUUUUAUCCUAUGUUGCCUGUAUUGUGUUUUUCUUUUUUUUUUUUUUGUUAGGUAAUCCCCCCCCACUGUAAUGCCUAUUGAAGGCACUGUGGGUACUCUGGUAAAUAAAAAUAAAUAAAAUAAAUUAAGCAUUGCCUAAUGUUGCUUAAGGGUUUCUUGCUUUUUGAGCCUUGCGGAGAGAGUGAAAGGUGAAAGGAAAGACGUGGAGGUUAACUAAACUCACAAUUAUAGAUUUUGUUCAUUUGUCUGCCCUUCCCAUACGUAAGGAAGCUGGAAUGCAGCAGAGAGAAGUGGCAGGCUGGUGAGCCUAGCGGAAUUGUGGAAACUUCUGUGGAGUGUGGUAUGAUAUUGCCUUGUUUUUGUUACAGUGUAAGUACACUUUUUGCAGUGGUGAUACUGCAAAAUUGGUACUUGCGAAGUGGUGGUACUUGAUAGAUUUACCUAACUGUGCUGUUGUCACAGCAGAGGACAAGCUCUGCACCAUGCUGCGUUUCACAUGUCCGUGACUGUGCCUAGGCGUGCGUUUUGGUUAAGCAGGCGUAAGCUAUAUAGAAUCUUUAACACAAGAGGACCAGGACCACUAUUUCGAGUAUAUGUGCUGUGGGCCACUUUUCAAAACACCUGAGCGUGUUUGAAUAAAAAGCAGGUUAUUCUCUGGCUCUUGCAGAAAAGUAUUUUUCCAACCCCCUGUCUGGGCAGAUUGUGUGCUUGUAGUGCUUUUCUCACUCUGCCAACCCGUCACAAAGAGUUUUCAAAGUAUAUCGGCAUUGUCGGUGUUCUGCAAUCUAUAUAUUUAGAGCUUAGCGGAAUAUGUCCUUGUUCCAGACUUGCUUAAUCUUUUAAAGGGGCUCCGACGCCCCUCUUUGACCGACAACCAUAGACAUUGCAGAAAUGGUUGGAGGUAGCAUGUGAAAACAUACUGAAAGAGUUGUCGCAAGUUGUUGGGUACGGAGUGUUUUGCUCGUGUCAGAACAACGUUCCGUGAACUCUGGAACUAUGAGUCAUCCACCACCUUCCAUUUUUCAUAAUUUUUGUCUAUUUUUCCUGCACUACACAUUUCUGCAUACCUGUGGUGUGCACACGUGUCUUUUCCUCUUCUAGGCUCUUGCAAAGUGAUGUUAUGUGUGAUGUGAAUGUACGUUGCUGCAUUCCGUUUACUCGGAGGGGGAGGGAGGGGGGUAAUGCUUGGCUGGGUAUUUAAGUGGCUCGGAGCCCCUUUAGUGUGCUGCUAUAUAGUGGAUGCUGUCGGAAUUAUUUGCGGCCUUCAAAUAAUAUUUGACUGGUUUUGUGAAGUGACUUGGCACUUCCAUUGCACCCUUCUUUUUUUUUUUUUAUUCUGAUCCUGCCAGGCUUCACUGCUGCAGUCACUGAUCCUGCGUCUCCAUGCAGGAUUAUGAUUGAUCAUACUGCAGCUGCAGUCUAGGCUUCAUAUGUGUGGUUUUUGAAGCGUUUGCACCAUUGUUUGUUAGCACUUAUGCGAUCACUUUUCUUGAAUGCUGUGCCGCAACGUUCAGUGUGCUGAUGCUGGCCAUAGUGCAUUUGGCAAAGUGAAGUUGACUCACUGUAUUGUUUUCUUUGUUCACAAGAAUAAAAAACGAGGAAAGAUA